UAGUUUGAUGUAAUAAAAUGCAGAAGUUUUCUACCAGAAUAAUGCAUAACCUUUUAAUCUUCAAGAAGGAUAUUUCCUGUAUGAGUAUGGGUGCAUGUGAAAACAUGCUUCUUCAACUCUGCAAAAACUAAGGAAGAUCUCCAGAUUUGAAUUGCAUGCCUAAUGUUAGUUUUGGUACUGUGAGAUCUUUACUGCCACUUUUGUUCCCUGCUCAACAUACUUCUCAGUUGUCUUCAAUGACAACAGCAAAAACUCUCUCUUCCUGCAUGUAAUGUUUGCAUAUUCCUUGUGUUUUAGGAUAUGUUUUUCACAAAGUAGUACACAGCUAGGAUCCAUCAAAUUUUUUCACUGACGAAUUGACAGUUUACCUCCCACAGAUAGAAAUGACUCAAUAAUGGAUAAAGAUUUUUUAUGGAUGAUGGAUUUGUUUUUGACAACAUCCUCAGUGGUUACUUAAGGAAAUUUAUAUAAAGUAAUCUAGUUGUUUUCGUAAUUUUGAACUAAAAUACAAAUUUUGCAGAUCUCUUAACAAUUUUUUUUUUGUUUUGUUUGUUGGUUUGGAUAAACAUGUAUUGCUCCUUUGCAAUAGGAGUCUACCAGUAUCAUUACAGUCAGUUCAAUAUCAGUUCAGUGAUAACCCCUGAGAUUUGCACUAAGGAAAUGCAGCUAAAAUGUAAUUGCAUUAAAAAUUCUGGGCUAUAUAGUACUAAGAGACAGUAAACAAAAUGGGACAUUUUAAUUUACUCAGCUCACAAAUAACUUAGCCAUUUUCACGUCAUAAAGACCCCUUCUUCAUUUGUUAGUACUUUUAAUAUGCUCUUUAAAGUCAGGCACUACUUACAAAUACUUUUAUAAUAAUCUGUAUACAUUAUAUAUAUUUAUCUUGACAUAACUCAAUCACUGCCUAAGCAUCUGUGCACUUAGAAGCAAAGAGACUGCAGAACAGUGUCACCGUAUGAAAAAAGCCUGAAGCCUCAACAUUUCCUUGUGUUCUGGUUGUGUAAAAAACGUAUGCUGUUUUCCUCUUACCGACUUGAGUCAUGUGAAUUUGAUGUAAUAUGAGUAAAUGGCAAGAGCUUUAACUCAGAAGAGUUAACGAUCUCAAGGUUGGCCUUGGGCAGCUCAAUGACCUGGGUGCAUCCUAACAAACCGUUCCCUGCCUGCAGCCUACAGCUCUUGCAGACAAGCUGGCAGGGGUGCAGACUCCCUUUCUCCUUGUAAGAUGCAAUCAGGGCAGCCACAGUGCCACUUGCUGGGAUGUGGAGAAGAGGAGUUAACACCCUGCCUAGGUUCUGGGCUGAUUCUGCUUUGUGUGGAAGGCCUAAGCCUGCUGCGUUCUCCUGGUGCCACGCAUGCAGCUAGGUGUCUUGCUCUGGGACACCUCUGCUGGCAGGCAUCCCACCAUCAGGCCUGGAAAUAGGAGUCAUCAGGCAAUCUCUGAGCCUGGCUCUCCAGCUGCUUAUCUCCACCUCAGAUACACUCUCAAUUCCCCAAUUACAGCAAUUAAAGAAAACUGAUCCAUGGCAACACCAGAAGCUUUGAUUUGUGGCCCACUCCAUCUGCAGAAGACGCUUCCUGGGGCCAGCACCAGGGUCUGCAUGACCCUGGGAACCUUUCUAAGCAAGCAGAUAGAGACAGCGGAUCUGCUUCAGUAUCUGCCUAUCAGUUUUUCUUUAUUCUGCUGUUAGUCUGACCUCUGGUGUUUACAAGCAGAAACCCACUAAUAGGAGAGAAAAGCCUCUGCCUUCACACCCCAUUUCUAAAAACCACCCAAGGAAAGCAUCACCAAGCAUCCAGUCCCCUGACCCUCUUUCCCACCCCAGAGGCGCUGUCCCCUUUCCUCACCUCCUCCCCAGCGCUACACUGGCCCCUCCUGCACUCCACCGCAUGUUCCCAGCAGCCUCCCCCCGCCCCUUACAGAUCCAUACAGACCCACGUAGUCCCUUUAAAUCCCCAUACAGCCCCACAGAGCUCCCCGUGCCAUCCCCCAAGGCCCUCAUCCCUUACAGCGCCCGUCCAGCCCUAGCAGAGCCGCCCCGGCGCAGCCGCGGCAAGGGUUAACGGCGGGGCCGGCGGGCACAUGACGGCAUGGCCGGGCCGGGUUUCGCGCUGCCGGCGGGGAGGCGGGAGGUGAGCGCGGCGAGGCGUGCGCGACCGCUCCGCUCCGCUCCGCGCCCCGUCCCGUCCCGUCCCGCCUGCCUUCAGGCCCCGGGGAAGGGUGGGGGGGGCUCGGCCUCUCCGCCGCCGGGAGAGGGAGGUCUUGGUUAUGGAGCCCAGUGCAAGUCCAUUGGAAAAAGCAGCUGCAACAAUCUAGUAAUCACCAGCAGUCCCAUGACAGUUCAGCAGCCGGGACCUGUUUCGCCUCCUGCUAAUCGAGUUUCCACAGCAUGCAACCAGAUCAGCUCUCACUUACAGAGUUCUAUGGAUGCUCCCAGCCUGAGUAUUCCUGCAUCAGAUACAAGGUCACUGUUGUCGCACAAGUCUCUGGACUCUACAACAUCAAGCUUGUCAGAAAGUCAGUUUGCUUUGACUAUUAAGCAAGAGUGGUCACAUGGAUAUGGGAUACUUCAUUCUCUUCCACUUGGUCGAGGUUUACAAAAUGGCAGUGUGCUGGGGAACUUACUAAAUUUUCCACCUGCAACAUCUGUGUCCAGUAACUGCAUAUCUAACCCAUUACCAUCCAACAUAUUUGGCAUGGAAAAUAGCCAUUCCCCUAACCCUAGUGCUUGUCAUUCCUCCUCCCAGUCUCAAUCUGCCCACUCCAAAAAGAAAGCACUCUCUCUAUCUCCUCUGUCCGACGGCAUUGGGAUUGACUUCAGUACAAUCAUUCGUACAUCCCCUACUUCUUUAGUGGCCUACAUCAACAGCUCCAGGACUUCGCCAGCUAAUGCUUCCCCACAGCCUGAGGUCUAUGGACAUUUUCUGGGAGUGAGAGGCAGCUGUAUACCCCAAAACUGCUCUGUUCCAGCUUACCAGAAAGGCCUUCUCAUGGCGAAUUGCAACAUUGCCUUCCCAGAGUUUGUUGAGAAUGGGGCUGGUGAGUACCAGCGAAUGCAGCAGCUGGAGCAAGUCAGCCUGCAGACAGACAUGAUGACUAACAUGGUGAUCCAGCAGGGCAUGUUUCCCAUGGACAGCCAAGCAGUGGGUGCCCUGAAAAAUGAACAGCUGGAUGACUUCUCAGGUCAUACUAUUGAUAGGCCUCCUCCACCCCCACUGCUGCCACCUACUCUAGAAGGGCCCCCACCACCAUACCAUGCUCACCAGCACCAGCUUCCUCACAGCCUCCCUGGUCACAUGUACCCUCUGCCCCUGCCUCCUUCUGCCCCAGACCCACAGCUCGAAGAAGAUGGAGACCUGGAUGAUUUUAAUGGCAAACAUGGCUGUCGCUGGAUUGAUUGCAACAUGCUAUAUGACCAGCAAGAAGAACUUGUGCGGCACAUUGAGAAGAUUCAUAUAGACCAGAGGAAGGGAGAAGACUUCACAUGCUUCUGGGCAGGCUGUCCAAGAAGGCUCAAGCCAUUUAAUGCAAGGUAUAAACUGCUGAUUCACAUGAGAGUCCACUCAGGAGAGAAGCCAAACAAAUGCACGUUUGAGGGCUGCAAGAAGGCCUUUUCCAGGCUAGAAAAUCUCAAGAUUCACUUAAGGAGCCAUACGGGUGAAAAGCCAUAUCUUUGUCAGCACCCUGGCUGCCAGAAAGCAUUCAGUAACUCCAGCGACCGUGCCAAGCACCAGAGGACACACCUGGACACUAAACCUUAUGCAUGUCAGAUUCCAGGAUGUACUAAACGAUACACAGAUCCAAGCUCACUGAGAAAACAUGUGAAAGCACAUUCUUCCAAAGACCAGCAAGUCAGGAAAAAGUUGCGAUCGAGCUCAGAGCUUGGACAGGACAUCCUGAAUGACUGCCUCACAAUCCAGCCCCUUCAAACAGCAUCAUCACCACACAAUGCUAUGGAUGAUGCAUUGGGACACUCCCCAGGGCCUGCUUGUGACAUUUACUCAGUGGCCGUGUUCCCCAGCACGCAGACAAGUCGAAGUGGAACAGCGGCUGGGGCACUGUCCUUGUCCCAGCUCAGCAGCCACCCCUCCCCAGGAUGUAACAUACAGAGUAGUUCUCUCCAUCCUCCUUCCCAGUUAUCUCUUCUCUCAGUUGCAGACUCUGAGAGGGACUUUCUCCAAACCCCUCCUGAUCUCCACCAAUGUCCUAAGCAAGGAAUAUCUAACUGGCUGGAACACUUUAAACGUCAGAGGAGCCAAAUAACAUCUAACAGGUUAGUUGCUCUGACUUCUCAACACAUCAGCCCCCAAAGAAUUUCAGUUCCUCCUCCCAUGAUGCAGAGACAGACUUCACAGCCUCCUCAUCUUCAGCAGCCUUCAGGAAUACAUCUAAAGACAUACCAGUCAGCAUCAAAUCCUUUUCAGCCAAAUAGUCUCCACAUCCAAGGUUUUUAUGGACAGCUUCAGACUUUCUGCCCGCCACAUUGUCCUGACACUCAGAAGAAUGUACAACACAAUGUUUCUUGCAGUAUGGUUCCUCCCUUUGAAGACUGUUUAUUUCCUGCAUCAGUGAGUCAGGCAGGACUUGGUGUCUUUCACCGAACUUUUUCAGCUCACUCUGGUAUUACAGUUUAUGAUUUUCCAGCAGGGCCCACAGGUGUUUUUGGUGAUUCAACCCACAGCAUGCCAGAGGAUAGCAGUUUCCUACAAAUAAAUGCAAUGGAUCAUUGUCCCACUCAGCUUUCUUCUGUCUACAUGGAAGGCUAAAAUCAUCCAACCCUAAUAAGAACUUGAUUCCAUUUCAUAUUGCCCUUUUGAUAUUUCUCUACAAAAUUUUUCUCUCCAUAAAAAUGCUGCAUAUGUAUAGGAAUGUGGGUGGAUAAACAUACAUACUGGAGGGGAAAAAAAGAAAUCACCAAGCAUUCAUCAUGUAAUCAGGCAGUCGGCUGAGAAGGAGAACAUUUGGAGAAAGAAAAUUUUGCCAAAACCUUAGCAAUUGUUUCUCUUCUAUUCCUCUGUGGCACAGAAACUCUACUUUUUUUGUUCUUUUUAACUUCUCAAAGGGAAUUCAAAGACUGGAUAAGAAAACUGUUUGUUGGCUAUAAUCCUCUUAAUCUGAAUGGCUAGAACCUUUAAGAAUGCCUCUUUAGAAAAUUCCUUUAAAAAAAAAAAAAAAAAAAAAAAAGAAGUAAACCCAGAAUAUACUACAGACAUUUCAAAGAUACACAGCUUUUUGGAAGCGUGUUUGCAUAUGGUGCUUCUGAAGUUAAACAUACACCCACAAAAAAAAGGGAGAGAAAUUAGACAUACAUCCUGGUACUACCCAUUGGAGGCAUACAUGUAUCUUCUUUCUGAGGCCAAAGAGCAUUGGUACUAGAUUUCUUACAGGCAUUGGCUUAGGUAACUUUUCCAUCCCUCUGUAUUUAAACCAUACAGUGUGGCCAUUGCUAUCUUUCCAACAUUCCUUCUGACCUAGUUUUUUUGCAGUUCAUAAGAAUAUUUACAUGCACUACGCAAGAAGGUACAUGGACUUAAUCUUAAUUUAGCACAACAGUUAGAGAAGAAGAUUAUGUUUUAUCUUUAUGUUGAUUUUAACUAAGUUGUAGAGCCUUAUUGCUGUAUGUGCUAUAGUACUCUGCAGGAAAAUUUAAAAUACUUUUCCUUAAAUUUCAUAGAUUUAAAAGCAAUCCAUAACAUUUCCAGAAAAAAAAAGAACUACUCUGAAGUCUGCUAUACUCCCUGUGAUUGUUUAGAGAUGUAAAACUGAACUUGUUUGUUGGUUCUAUGUCUUCUACUCAGUGGCUGGCUCUGGUUCAUGUACUUUGUACAGCAUACAAUAAAAUGCGAUUACCUGUGUGUAAGCCACAAGAGAUGUUUUAAAACCCGUAUUUUGCUGUGCAGAUAUGUCAUUGCUGUGAUUAUAUAUAGCUUGAGAGCAACUGUAAUAUCAUGUAAGACUUACUUUUAGAUUAUUAAUACACUUUCAUCUAUUUUAUGGACUUACUGCAUAGAGUGCAUCUUAAUAUUCUUACAGCCUGUUUUAAUAGGAUGGACAAAAAUUCAAAGAUUCUUUCAUACUGACUAGAUGGUAACUAUGCUUCUGAAAUCACUCAUCAAUUUUAAAAAAUUGUUUAUGCACAAAUUUUCUUAUCCUGAGAAGCUUUUCAGGGUUGUUGAAUGCAAUUUGGGUCAAAUUCCUAAUUCAAUUUGCCAUUCUAUUGCAUAGACAAAUUUAUGUGCAGACAUUUACAAACACUAGUAAUCCUCUGAGGACUGUAUUCCUGAACUAGAUUCUUACGUACAAGCAUAUGUGCUUCUAUAUUUAAAUACGAGGUUUUCAUCCAACAUAUGCAAAGUAGAUAUGAAUAAGCCAUGUACAUAAAUUAUUUAAACCAAGAAGUAAAACUGUGUCUUAAAUACAGAGAAUUCCCUUCUAAAUUCUUCCCCUUUUUAUUCUGUUUCUCACAUCACAAGUAAAUGUGUUGCUCUGCUUUAGAUUGCAUUAGUAGGUCUGGUUAUUACCGUAUGUGGUUUUCAUUAGGUUAAAUGACAUCAGGCUUCCAUACACAGCUACAGGAUUUUGGGGAACUACAGGCCUCCCAGCCUGUAUAGUCAUAGAAACCUGAAGUUAUAGAGCAGAUAAUCUUGAGUGCAUCACAGAGCAUGUGUGGGACAGCCGGGGGAUCAGGCCCAGCCAGCAUAGGUUCAUGAAGGGCAGGUCCUGCUUGACUUGGCUGAUCACCUUCUAUGACUGAGUGACCUGCCUCCUGGAUGGGGGAGAAGCAGAGGAUGUAAUCUACCUAGACUUUAGUAGAAAACCUUUGACUCUAUUUCCCACAGUAUUCUUAUGGGGAAGCUGGCAUCCCAGGACCCGAGGAGUGCAGCUGUCAGUGGUGUAGUUGGGUGUACUCUUUGCUGGGUAAAGAACUGGGCUGGGCCCAGAGAGUGGUGGUGAAUGGAGUUAAAUCCAGCUGGUGACCUGCCACUAGUAUUGUUCUCAAUGGGUUAGUAUUGUGGCCAACCCUGUCUAAUAUCUUUAUUGAUGAUCUGGACAAAUCCGAAUGUACUCUCAGUAAGUUUGCAGAUGACACCAAAGUUUGGAGGAAACGUUGAUCUGCCUGAGGGUAGAAUGGCCCUACAGAGGAAUCUGGACAGGGUGGAUUGCUGCAACAACCCCAAGCAACACUACAGGCUUAGGUCAGAGUGGCUGGAAAACUGUGCAAAGGAAUAGGAUCUGGGGGUAUUAGUUGACAGUUGGCUGAACAUGAGCCAACAGUAUGUCCACAUAGACAAGAAGGCCAGUGGCAUCCUGGCUUGUAUCAGAAAUAGCGUUGCCAGCAGGAGCAGGGAGGUGAUCGUACUGUACUCAGUACUGUACUGUGUACUCAGCUCUGGUGCAGCCACACCUCAAGUACUGUGUACAGUUUUGGGCCCCUCACUACAAGAAAGACACUGAUACCCUGGAGCACUUGCAAAGACAGGCAACAAAGCUGGUGAAGGGUCUGGAGCACAAAUCUUAUAGGGAAUCCCCGAGGGAACUGGAAUUAUUCAGUCUGGAGAAGAGGAGGCUUAGAGAAGACCUUAUUCUCUACAGCUAUCUGAAAGGAGAUUGUGUUGAGUUUGGGGUUGGCCUCACUCAGUAACAGUGAUAAGACUAGAGGUAAUGGCCUGAAGUUUCAUCAGGAUAGGUUCAUGUUGGAUAUUAGGAAACAUUUCUUCUCUGAAAGAAUGGUUAAGUGUUGGAACAGGCUGCCUAGGGAAAUGGUGGAGUCACUGUCCCUUGAGGUGUUCAAGAAAAGUGAGGAUAGGCUGUUAGAGAUUUAGAGGCCAUAGUGGUGAUGAGUUGGCAGCUGACUAGAUGAUCAUAGAAGUCUUUUCCAACCUUAAUGAUUCUGUGACUUUAAGAUACAUGGGAAAAAAAAGUCCAUUUGCAUUAGUGUAUCAUCAGGCCUUUCUAAAGCUUUAACGUUGUGCUGUCUUAAAGCCUACUCUGUGAUCUCUGCACAUGCGUAAUUUGAUUCAGCAGAAUUAACUAGACUUGCUGAACACUUCAAAUUUGUAAGACUACACUUGUUUCUUCCAAAGUCAGUAUGAGCAUAAUUGGGCCUGGUGUAUACAUAUACAUAUACAUAUACACAUACAUAUGCAUAUAUAUGUAUAUUUGUAUAUUUGUGUAUAUAGAAAUGCUUCAAGAUUCUCCUAACCACAUGGUUACCAGAAUUUGUCGGUGACUGUGUACAGUAUUGAAGUAUUGCUACUGACCACAUUGAUUAUUAAAACUUCUGAAAUGUUUCUUCUGGUAUCUGAUUCCACAAGCUGUCCACUAGAGAGGGCUUUCAAGUCAUGGGUGAUCCUGAUCAAAGGGAAGGCAGGAAGACAGAAUUCAAAAAGGGUGUAAUUUUUGCAUUCAUCAGUUACAUAUGAAAAAGGAAACUUUCGUAAAUCAUUCAUUCAUUCUUUCAUAUGCACGGAUAAACAACUUGUAUAUAUACAUCUACAGUGUACAGCGUUCUGUGAUCCUUAGUCUUAAAAAGGAGCUAUACAGUCAAAUUAAGCACAUAACUCUGGGCUACCAGUCUGUAAAAUGGUAUGCCUUUGUUUACUUCUGUGUCAUAGACAGGGGGGAUUCUUUCUGAUUAUUUCAUUGUCCAGUCAGACUCAGUUUGGGAGAUUAAUAUAUUACUGAGCACAGCUGUAUUGAAAAAGAAAACAAAAACAAACAAACAAAAAAACACAAUAAAACCAUAUUUUAUGACAUGUAUUUUGACUAUUUAAGUAGGAUAUCAUGUUUAUCAUGUUACAAAGAAAAAUGGUGCUUGUGAAAAUACAUAGUGUAAUGCCACUCACCGACUUACCUGCAAAUACUUGUGCCUCAGUGAUUUUUGUGUUAUUUUUCUAGUUGCUGGAUAGUGUUAAUUUUCAAAAGGGAUUCAUAUCUAAAAGAUGAAGUCAUUUUAGACAAUGGACAUUAAACAAUAUUCUAAUGAAAUUAUUUACAAUCAUUCUUUUACACACUUAUUUGUUUUCAGACAUGUUGCAUUACAAAUGGGUCUACACUGUAUCUGAAAAUUCAGAUAGCACAAUGGAUAUUUAUGUGAUUGUUCAAGUGCAUGGAAGUGCAUGUAUUUGGAUCUCCUUCUCUGUGUAUAUAUAUACGUAUAUUUAUACAAGCAUACACAUAGGCAUUGUUGUUUACUAGUACUGGAUGUUGAAGUAUUUCAUUCCAGACGCCAUCUGUCAAAUUAUAUUGUAUUUUCAACUUUCUCUGAAGAGAUGUGAAUAUAAAAAUUACAUUUUAACUGUUAAUUCUCUUUUCCUUGUGUAAUUCUAGAGCAAACAAUUUUCUGGUAGCACUUUUUGUUGUUUGUGUGAAAUUUUUAUGUUUUCCAUUUUUUAGGAUCAGGUAAAGCAAAAGUCAACAACUUAAAAUUAGCUGGCUGGGGUUUUAUUUAAGAAAAAAAUCCUUCUACAGCAUCUUGUGUAAUAUUUUUUAUGUAAAGCACUUUGGUGAGAAGAGAAAGUGGGAAUAAAUUUUUCUACAUAUUUAUACAUGCUUACAUAUACAGCUAUGAAGUCCAUUUGCCUUACUAUAUAUCCCGCUGAUAUUUGUUCUAAAGUCAUAUCUGUUGUGUACCAUGAAAAAUAAAUUUUUAAAGGAAUUAAUUACA